AAUACAUACUACUCUAGCCACCGUAGUUACUAUAACUUACUUUUUUGCCUCGGUUCCCGGCGGUGUUUCGAGCUCGGCCCCGCAGCUUGAGAGCUUCCGGCUCAGUGCUUGUACUUCUCGCAAAACCGUGAUCAAACCGCCGACAAAAGUUGAACGUCGCAGUUGUAUCCUUCUCUGGCACAUUUAUCGCGUAUAGCCAGUGACCGGCUUGAAAGUGUUGCUUUUGCGUUGUGUCUCCUGAGUGUCCGUGUUUUGCAAAAUCAAACCCAAGAUGUCCGGUCCCGGAGCUGGCCACGAGUUCCCUGCGCAGGAGGUAUCCUGGUUGAAGCGCGAUGUCUUGCUCUUCGCCAACAGUAUAGGCUGUACUGUUGAUGAACUGCAUUUCCUCUACGAACUUCAUCCGAACUUCGCAGUUUUCCCGACAUAUUCGAUUAUUCUGCCUUUCAAGCUCACGGAUGAGGAAGUCACCGAUUUCUAUGCGCGCGAAAAGUCGAAUCCCAUUCCGGGCGUCCCCCAGUUUGACCCUCGCCGCGUGGUAGAUGGGCAACGCAAGCUCACUCUGUUCAAGCCUCUUCCCCCGACCAGUGCUGGCAAGAAGUUCGAGCUACGCAACAAGGUCAUUGGCGUGUAUGACAAGGGAAAGCCCGGUACCGUGCUCGAGACGGAGCAGUCCAUUGUCGACAAAGAGUCAGGGGAAGUGUAUUCAAAGACCGUUACAAGCAGCUUCUUUGUCGGGCAGGGCAACUGGGGUGGUCCUAAGGGCCCGAGCACCGUAAACUUCCCUCCUCCAGAGGGCAAGAAACCCGAUGUUGUCCAUGUAGUUCAGAGCACCAAGGAAUCAGCUCAUCUUUACCGUCUCAAUGGUGACUACAACCCUCUGCAUGCUACGCCAGAGCCAGGCGCGAAUAUGGGCUUCGGAGGCGUCAUCAUGCAUGGUUUGUUCGCCUGGAACACUGCAGCCCACGGCAUUUUAAAGGAGCUCGGCGGUAGUGAACCCCAGAACCUAAAGGAGUUCCAGGCGCGGUUCGCCGCACCCGUGAUACCAGGUGAUAAACUGACUACAGAAAUCUGGAGGACUGGCAGCCUUCAGGACGGAUUCGAAGAGAUCCGCUUCGUUACGAAGAACCAGAAUGGCAAGGUCGUUCUGAGCAAUGGCCGUGCAUUGCUCCGGGUUGUCGGUCCCAAGAACAAGCUCUAAACUGAUCUAUGUUUCAUCGAGUCUUGUCUGAUUGUUCCCUUCCUUGAUCUUGUAUCGACGAUCUUGUAGGUUUCGAAGCGACAGAAGGCAUCUGUCUGUAUCUGGAAGCCUGCAUGUCGCCAGUUGACAAACGAGCUGCUUCAGUGAGAUUAUAUAUAGCUUAUAUCUCGGUUAUAUAUCAGAAAUCUAAAAAAAAAAGCAAUGAACAUAUAGUUUACAUUUCUGCAC